AUGGGCGUUUCAUCUGGGGGAGGUUCUGUGAUGCACCAGCUCACAGCUUAUGGUGGUUUGAAGCCAGUUGCAUUUCAACGGGCCAUCCCUCAAUCGUCUGGUUUCGUACCGACCCCAGGCACUCAGAUCCAGGAGGAAACUUAUGCCAAGUUUCUAUCUAACCUCAAUGUCAGCUCUAUCGAAGCGGCAAGAACUUUGCCAUCAAACGAGCUGUUGGUUGCCAAUGCCAAGCAGGUUGGUGAUUCCUUCUGGGGCACAUUUACCUUUGGUCCCGUUGUAGAUAAUGAUUUUGUUCCUGGACCUGCGGCAAAGCUACUUAUGCAAGGCUCGUACGCAAAACAUGUGGCUAUUCUCUCUUCCCACACAGCUAAUGAGGGCCUUGUCUUCACGGAUCCCCGAUCAGCCGGGAAUAAUACCCACCUGCGCAUUCAGCUUCGAGACAUCUUGCCUACCAUAUCUGAAGAAAACCAGGAUUUCGUACUGGAAAAGCUCUAUCCGCCAGUGUACAACGGAUCCAAGCCUUGGAAGGACCCUAUUGGUCGCGUAAUGACGUUGAUUGGGGAGUUAGCACUCACCUGCAACACCAACGCCAUGGCCAAGUAUGCGCAACUGCAUGGAACGCCAGCAUUCCAUUUUGACUUCUCGGUUCCACCAGCCUUACACGGUGAUGACCAGCCUUAUACUUUUGCUAGAGGUUCCGUACCUGGAAUGGAUCCCGAAAUUGCAAGCAUAAUCCAAAACGCAAUUGCUGGGUUCGUAAUGAGAGGCAUACCGGCUAGGAGUCCCAUUACGAAGGCUUCUGUGGUUCCAGCUUACGGAAGUGAGAACAAAGUUCUCAAUUUGGCAGUUCAUGACACUGCAGCUGUUAAAGAUCCUGAGUCGAAUGAAAGGUGUGAGUGGUGGCACAAGGCUCUGUACUACUAG